UAUAUCACAGUAAUAUAUAGCAUGCAUGUAUUUAUUUAUUUAGUUAUGUUAUCUGUACUUUUUAAUGAUUUUGUCUAUAUAUGUCAUUUAUUUUAUAAUAAAUCUCUUUUUCUAUAGCUCUUCAACUUCUCUCUCACGCGUGAAACGAAAUGACGAACUACGGCUCCAUUCCGACGUCGUCUCAUCCAUCACCGCCGAUUGAUCUCGAGUACAUCUCACGCGCGAAACACCGCAUCAAAUCAGGUCUCGCCACGCGCCGCCCAUGGAAAACGAUGUUCGAUCUCCAAUCACUGAACCUCCCCCACGGCUUCUCCGACGCGAUCUCGAGAAUCAAGACGAACCUCGUCCACUUCAGAGCCAACUACGCCGUCGUCGUCCUCGUGAUCCUCUUCCUAAGCCUCAUCUACCACCCGACCUCGCUCCUCGUGUUGGCCGUCUUGGCAGUCUUCUGGAUCUUCCUCUACUUCCUCCGCGACGAGCCUCUCGUGGUGUUUCGUCACCAGGUGGAUGAUCGGACGGUUAUGAUCUGUUUAUCGGUUUUGACUGUUGCGAUGCUUUUGUUUACUCGCGCGACGGUGAAUGUUCUCGGGGCGGUGGGGACGGGUGUGGUGUUGGUUGUGGUACACGCGGCGGUUAGGAGGAGUGAUGAUUUGUAUCUUGAUGAGGAUGCUGCGGCCGAGAGGGAAGCUUCAGGGCUGACGUCAUACCCUUAACCGAAUCAUUUUUUUUUUAUUAAUGUUACUGUGUGAAUGAGAUGCUUUUUGGAAAUGUUGGUUUCUAGUCUACUCUGUUUAGUUGUGUACAAUUUGUUCUACUCUGUCUUAGUGAUAAUCUUGGAGAAGUGUAACAUUUUCCAAUUUUGUGUAGUAGAGAGACUCAAAAGAAGUGAUAUUUAGUUAUCUGUUGUACUUAUAUUUUUUUGUCUAGAACUGUUUUCGAAUUGUGUUUUGAAGUAAAAGUAAGAACUAGUGAUUU